UCUCUUACGAUCUAACUUUUCACACUAGUCAUACGACGUCGUAUUGAGUCGUGAAAAGGCAAUCCCGUGCGUCUUGAAAUUUGGAAAGAGAAAAUCGAAAGUUUCGACUUCACCACUGCACUCUACUGUCGUUAUUUAUUCACUCUUUCCAUUUAUACCCCCCAUCCUCACCGUCAUGUAGAUCAGAAUCGCUUAUUUCUUCACAAUCCAAUUUUUCUCGUUUCGUUGCUUUAUUUUCUCAGGAGCCUUACAUUACACGCAAAUAAGAAAUUAUGCAUCUUAUAUAUGUUGGCCUAAAAUUGAGUUUAAUAUACAUCGGGAUAGGAAUCUAGAUGGAUACAACUAACGAAAUAAAGGGCGAUUAUGCCCCCCUCAGAGAUCCAGAGCACCCACAAUUGGGAAGAUUUGACAAGCCACUUCCAUGUUUUGGCUGCGGUAUUGGAUGGUUCUCUUUUCUGCUAGGAUUUGUAUGCCCAUUGACGUGGUAUUAUGCUACAAUUCUCUACUUUGGAAAUUACUAUCAUAAGGAUCCAAGGGAACGUGCUGGACUCGCCGCAUCUGCAAUUGCUGCUCUAAUCUGCACAAUUACUGUGGUGAUAACAAUAGCUGUUAUCUUCUUGUAACUUUACUGUCAACUAUCAACUAACCUGAAUGUAAUCAAUUAGCCGAGAAAAAGAAAAGAAAAUGAAAAUAGCUUCUAAUUUCAACUUCUACAAAAGGAAAGCAAGGUUACGCACAUGGUAGAUCAAGUUUUUGGCAUGCAAAGCUAGUUCAGUUCCAUUUUAUGGGGCUUAAAGUCCUGCUGCAUCUAUUACCUUAUUAUAUAGGUUUGUGCAUGUAUACAAAGAAUGAUGUGACAAAGGUUGUUGUUUUCAUUAACGUAUCUUUGGGAUUGCCAAAUAGUAGCUGCUUACUUGCUAUCAUGCAUUUGUUGAAAAAUUGGAAAAAAAAAAGAAAAGAUCCGUUGUUUUC